AUGCCUUCAGCAAUCGUCACCGGUGCCACUGGCAUCUUGGGCCGCGAAAUAGUCUUCGAACUCAGUAAGAAUCGUAAACAAUGGUCGACAAUACAUGCCUUGUCCCGCAGCAAAAAAGAGGAAUACCCUGACAAUGUCAUCCAUGAUCACAUUGACCUUCAAUCCGGCCCGGACGACAUGGCCAAGGACCUGAAGAAUGUUCGCGGAGAGUAUGUCUUCUUCGCCGCGUAUCUGGCCCAAGAUACCGAGCAAGGAGCUUGGGACGUCAACGGAGCCAUGCUUCAAAACUUCCUCGACGCCCUGGUCAAGACCGGUGCAAUCAAGGACAUCAAGCGCAUCAUCCUAGUAACUGGCGCGAAACAGUACGGCGUGCAUCUCGGCGUUCCCAAGCAGCCAAUGCAAGAGUCUGAUACUUGGCUCACAGACUCCAAGUGGCCGCCCAACUUCUAUUACAACCAGCAAAACAUCCUCCACAAGUUCUGCAAACAACAUGGAACAGAAUGGGUAGUGACGUACCCCAACGACGUCAUUGGGUUCACGACAGGAAACUUCAUGAACCUUUCUUCGGCACUCGCCUUGUACGCCGUCAUCUCCAAAGAACUUCCUAGUUACAGCGGCCUCGUCUUCCCCGGCUCGCCAGACUUCUACACAAAGUUCGACUCCUUCACAAGGAGCACGUUGCACGCUGAGUUCUGCGCCUGGGCAGCGCUCGAGCCGCGCGCAGCAAACCAGGCAUUCAACAUGGUCAACGGCGACAGCGAAAGCUGGCAGAAUCUAUGGCCCCGCGUGGCAAACUAUUUCGGCACAAAAGUCAAACCAGACCAGUUUGCAGGCGCGUAUUCCGGCACGGAGUUUGUGAAUAGCGACAAGUCCUCGUCGUCGGAUUUGGCCCCCGAACCACCAACGACGGCUUUCGCAGAUAGGGCUGGUUUGAUUGGUACACCUGCGCUUGCUCAGUCCAAGGUGGAGCAGCAUAUCGAUCUUGUCAAAUGGUCUCAGCGCUCGGACGUUAAGCAGGCUUGGGAAAAGAUCGCAGAGCGCGAGGGUCUAGAUAAGGACAUCUUCGAAAAAGCUACGUGGGGUUUCCUGGGCUUCGUGUUGGGAAGGAAGUUUGAUCUUGUCAUCUCUAUGAGCAAAGCACGCGAAUAUGGUUGGACUGGUUACAGCGAUACGUGGCAUAGUCUAGAGGAGGUGUUUGGGGAGUUGAAGGAGGCGAAGAUUAUCCCGAAAGCUUAG